AUGCUUUCUCAGGAGCAAAAGAAACUUGGGUGGACUUGGGCUAAUUCAGCUCAAUGGUCAAUAAAUUUUCCAUGUGCUAAUGGAUUAUGCCAAUCUCCAAUUAAUAUAAAGACAAGUGAUACUGUUCCAAAGUUCUUUUCGUCUCUGAACUUUUCUUCAAAAUACGAUUCGGAUUUAAUGUUUACUAUGACAAACAAUGGCCAACAAAUACAGAUGACAUUUCCUAAAGAUUCCAAUGAACAAACCGGCGAUGAAUUAUAUUUAACUGGUAUUAAUUUAAUUGGAAAAUAUCAUUUUUCAGAUCUUCAUAUGCACUGGGGAGCCGAUAACAAGCAAGGUGCUGAACAUCAAAUAGAUGGAAAUCGUUUUGCAGGUGAAGCACAUUUUGUGCAUAAAAAUAAAGAUACUCAACAAUUGGCUGUACUUGCAAUCUUUUUAACAGUAUCUGAUAUUGGCAACAAAUCGAAUGAAUGGGAUAAAUAUGCUAAUAUUGCAAGUCAAUUAACGAAAACUGAUGAUAAAACAACAUGCGUAUUGAAUUUAAGUCGACUCAUGCAAAUGAAACAUACAGAAUUUUAUCGUUAUGAAGGUAGUUUAACGUCGCCACCAUGUACUGAAGGUAUUAUAUGGACAGUAUUUCCUUAUGAAGUUCCAAUUAAAGAAGAAAGUUUAAAUGCUCUACGCCAAAACAUUCUACCCAAUACUUAUCGACCGUUGCAGCCAUUAAAUGGUCGAACUGUUUUUCGAAACUAUGAACAUUCACAAACGAUUUAA